AUGACUCCCAUCGCUGGUUAUACUGGCUUAGUAGCUGGCACAUCUUGUGUUCUACCAGACGACCAAGAAGAUAAAUGCAGUACGAUUUGCUACCCUACUAUUAAGCCCUUGUUAAAGCAUGUGGGAUUGUGCCAUCAAAAUAAUGAAAUAGUUUACCAACUCCAAGACAAAAUUCGCGAACAGGAGAUCGAAAUAAAUAGAUUUAAGCUUGAAAAUGAUAGAUUGAAAGUUCAAUUGGAGGAAGACGAAAAAUCAUUUGAAUUGAAUAAUCAACUCAAAGAAGCUCUUGACAAUAAUCGAAACAUUGUGAGCCAGUUUAGUGCGAAAUUAAAUAUAUUGAUUAAUGAAAAGAACGACGAAACCAUCAGGCAUCUAAGUGAAGAGAAUGUAUUACUAAAACAGACAAAUAGUGAACUUAAAGAGAUUGCAAACGAAAAGGAAAAUCAACUGAGGAGUUAUUGGACGCAAAACAACGGAUCGAAGGAGAAAGUGGAUUUACCCAGCAGCUGUUUGGAUUAUGAUUAUGAAAAAGGUCUGAGGCGAAUCAAAGUUCCUGGAGCUGAAUCCUUUGAAGUACUGUGCCAUUCCGAAAUCGCGGGACCCGGUUGGACACUCGUACUGCGCAAUCUGGGUAAUGCAAAUUUCAACCGUAACUGGACGGAAUAUAAGUAUGGAUUUGGUGUUUGGGGUUCGUCCUUUUUUAGAGGACUAGAAGUCCUUCAUUUAAUGACUCGAUCGCAGCCCCAUGAAUUGUACGUUGUGGCUAAUUUAAAAGACGAAACCACUUUGUCAAAUCAUUUUGACGAGAUUGACGUCGGCGGCGAACCUGAAGGUUAUCGUCUUAAGUCGAUUGGCAAACCUAAGUCCAAGGAAUUACUCUUUAUGAAGAGUCAAGUUAACGCCAAAUUUACGACUUAUGAUCGGAACAAUGCCGGAACAAAAACCAACUACGCUGUUAUGAAUAAUGCCGGAUGGUGGUACUCAAAAAAAAACCAAUUAAGCUUUACAAAUAGUCCUGAUGAUGUUGAAGAAAUUCUGAUGCUAAUACGACCUAAAAGUUAACAUUUCUUUUCGGAAUGGCAUUGUACGUAUAUUUAAUUAAGCUACGACUGGAAACCAUAAAAGAAUAC